CGGUGCGCACCGGCAGCAGGUAGAGGCGUCUGUGCGCCGCAGUCUGCCGAUGUGUUUUCCUUGGAUGAUAAAGGAAGGAAAAAAUGCGCUCGUCUCCUUCCACCUUGGUGUGACGUCGCUCCGGGCGAAGCGAAAUCCUCGCUGUCACUCAGAGAGGGAGAGAGAAAGACACUGCAAUUAGUUUUAGGAGGACCCGGCUGAGAACAGAAACGGCCCACCUCCACACCUUCCCACCACCUGAUUUAAACCAAUCAGAUGCGGCACAGUUCGGCCAAUGAAAAAGCACGUGAGUACAUAAUACAAAGCCUCGCCUGUAGUAUACUGUUUGUCCACAGGGUGGCAGCACGUGUAAACACAUGGAAUCUUACACAACCUAUUACCAAACGCUGAGGGCGAGUUCCGUAACACGUCGCAUCCCCCUUCAUGAUACUCCUGCCCCGCUGAAGGUGUUCUGGGACAGGAAGCGGCUGCUACAUCAUUGAGGCAACAAUGAAGUCCAUCGUCUGUCUCUCAUCGUCCGUCAGAGCGGCGUGUCACCGCACCUCAGCUUGUUUUCCUCUGAGUCGUCUGGCUCUCUGCAGUCCGGUGAGCACGUGCUCUAAUGUGGAGUUUACCAGCAGACCUGUUGUCGCGCAACCGUGCGUAACGGGCGCGCGCACCUUUCACGGCACGCACGGAAACACGGCGGUGGUCCAGCAGGUGAGCGCGACCCGUCUGCCCACCCCGGUGCUCAUACCUGGGCAAAGAGAGGAUGAACUGAUCGCGUGUCAGAUAGGCAGACGCGUACCACCUAAAGCAGCUGCCACUCCAUCCACGCACCUUUCUCCAUACCGUCCGCACAUCAAACCACCGAGCAAUGCAGCUCCACCUGCUAAUGACCAGUCUCUGUUUGAAGGGGAGGUGGUCCCUGAGCUGUGCUCCAGGUUGGCAGACUUACCCAGCACCGAUAGAGCAGAAGCACUGGCCACUUUACUCGGAGCAUGUGUUGAAUUUGGCCUGGACCCCCGCAGCCCUCUCGUCUGCAGACUGAUGAAUGAGUGCCUGCAGCUGCUCUCCAGCAGGGACAUCGGGGUGACGCAGCUCUGCUACCUGGGUGAGGUGGCGUGCGCCCUGGAAGGCCGCCAGUCAGCCACUGUGAAGCAGGUCCUGAACUCUAUAGGUGUUGCUGUAGAGGAGGAGGCGAUCUCUCCCAGCGAGACUGCCAGAGUCUACUCCCUGUUGGCUCUGUGCUACAAUCCUGCCAGCCAGCAGCAGACACUCAUACUGUCCAAUCUGCACAGGCACACUCAGAGGCUGGUCCGCCGGCUGAAAGCUGGCCAGGUCUGCGAUAUACUGCAGGUCCUGUUGAAGUUACAGCAGAGGCAGGCCAUUUCCCUGCUGCUGAGGCUGAGUCACAGAGCAUCACGGGUCUUCAAGGCUUUCAGUGACGAUGAAGUCAUUAAGGUGCUCUCUGCGCUGAUGAUCCUGGGAAAGCAUGAUGAAAAGCUCCUAGCUGCUAUGGAGAAACACCUACCAGGGAGGCUGGGGAAGUGUGAUCCGGAGCUGAUCAGCACCGUCAUGGAGUAUUGCCUGCAGACGAGGUGCCGCUCGGAGCCGAUCUUCGAGGCUGUGGCUGAGAACUUCGUGUGCCAUGCUGAGAGGCACACCACCCCUCAGAUAGCCAAACAGAUUGUCGCCAUGGGGAGACUCAACUACCUGCCACAGUGCUCCAGCCAGAUGUUUAAGAAGCUGGAGAGUAUUUUGUCAGCAAGGUUUUCUCAGUUCCAGCCUCGCUCCCUCAUUGAGGUGUUGCACGCCUGCAUCCACCUAGAACGCUUCCCUCUCAACUACAUGUCCAAAGUCUUCAGCCCGUACUUCCUACAGAGGCUGCAAGCACAGGGGGAGCCAUUGGACAGGAACACACUGGGACAACUCACACAGCUCCAUCUCUCCAGUUCAUUAGAGUGCAAUUGCUACUGGGGUUCCAGACUACCCAGCUUUCUCUACGUGAAGACGUUUUCCUCUGUGGACCAGGCCUUCGAGACACCUAUGGAGAGUCUCUUUUACAAACAGGUCAAAGAGCCGCUUAUACAGCUGCUGGGGGGAAAGUUUUUUUCCACCACGCACCCCGCUAAGGGUGGAUACACGAUAGAUGUGGAAAUUUGCCUGGAUGAGAAGGGGUAUGUUCUGCCUCCGUCUCAGUGGGAGCACACUCACAGAAGGAUGGCCCUGUGUCUGGAUGGUCAAAAGCAUUUCUGCAGCAACACACAACACCUGCUGGGGAAGGAAGCCACUAAAAGGAGACACCUCCGCAGGAUGGGCUACGAGGUGGUGCAGAUCCCUUACUUUGAAUUUGACAAGCUGCGAACGCAGGAGGACCAGGUCCAGUAUCUUCACAACAAGAUCUAUCCCACCAUCUUCAAGUUCAGUCACAGAUCUUAGUCACCCAACAAGAUGAGUACAAGUUCAACCAAAGAUUCCUCAGUGACUUUUAUUGGUUGAUCCUUAUGUUGCUGUGCACAUCAACCAAACUUCCAGUUGAACUGAAGGGACAAGUGGCUGAGAGAUGCACUCUUGGUAGGUACAAUAUGAAGAAGAUAGAAGGCAUGGCAGGAAAUGAACUGUGAUAGUCAGCCACUGCACAUAUAUAUCCUAAUGGGUGGAUACUAAUCUUACUGUCUGGAAAUAAGGCAAAACAUUGCUCAGGCAUUCAAGUGCUAAUGACCUCAACAUAAUAAUACUGAAGUUACAUUUUUGUUUGUUCCCGUCUUCCCUUGUUUUUUGUCAUUUAGUGAUUGAACGUGCCUUGUUUUGAGCAUCAAAGUAAAAAAAAGGUCACAGAAGCAGAAGUCUGUUAAUGGAGUGGAGAGUCAUGGAGAGAUGUGGUCAUUUUUCUCUGAUAGAAGAUUUUAAAUAAAGAUGAAGUUGAAUAAAAUGACAUCCCUUUGAAAAUGCAGCUGCUAAAGAAGGGAUGUCUUAACAGCUGAACCGGUGCUUCUCUGGCCAUUUGUGUAAGUACAUGUUUUCUGUUUGCACUACAUGACCUGAAUUAAGCGCCAUUUUAACAGUUAUUCAGAGUUCAGGGAGCGUUGAUCAGUAUGUUUUAAAAAUAAUACUACCAACAGACAUUAUGGUGAAUAUUUAUGUGAUUGAAUUGAAUAUGAACUAUAAUAUCUAAAAAUCGAGUGGCACAGUUUUGUGACUUUUUUUGUCCUUUGCCCUGUUGUGCUGUUUGUAUCAGCCUUUCUUUAAGGUGGUGAAAAGACGAGUGACCUCAUUUAUUGGACAAGAUAUUCAAAAUGAAAUGUACAUGAGAUGCACAAAUGUGACAUGGAAUAUGCCUU